UGUCUUCACAGCAAUUUCCGAUUCUUGAUGAUUGCUUUAGCCUAUGCUAUACCACUGGGUGUUUUCUCUGGCUGGUCCGGUGUUCUGGAUUUGAUAUUAACACCAGUUCAUGUAAGCCAAGUAGAUGCAGGCUGGAUUGGAUUUUGGUCUAUAGUUGGAGGUUGUGUGGUUGGCAUAGCAAUGGCAAGAUUUGCAGAUUUUAUCAGGGGCAUGCUGAAGUUUAUACUGCUGCUGCUUUUAUCUGGAGCAACGUUAGCAUCAACCUGGUUCACUCUCACCUGUCUAACUAGUGUCACUCAUCUGCCUUUAACCACAGCUACACUGUACACAUCCUGCAUUUUGUUGGGUAUAUUCCUCAACAGCAGCGUACCAAUAUUCUUUGAGCUCUUUGUGGAGACAGUCUACCCUGUUCCAGAAGGGAUUACCUGUGGAGUUGUCACCUUUCUGAGUAAUGUGUUUAUGGGAGUGCUUUUGUUUUUCCUCACAUUUUACCAUACAGAGUUUUCCUGGUUCAACUGGUGCCUGCCAGGGUCGUGUCUGCUCAGCCUGCUCCUCAUCCUGUGCUUCCGCGAGUCCUACGACAGACUCUAUCUCGAUGUCGUUGUCUCCGUGUGAUAACGCUGGACUGGUGAGGGGUUGGAAGAGACUGGAAGUCGGUUUUGCAGUCUGCACAUCUGCCUGGAUUUGCACGGCUCAACAGUGGAAAAACAAAUUACAAGACUUAAUCGUGGCUUUAUUAGAGCGGGUGAGGGAGAGGCUGUUCUUCUGUUCAAGACCACCUUGAUUUGCGAUAAACGUGGAACUUGAGUGGUGAUAAAGAUGCCGAAAUGCACAAAGAGAAUAUAUCUGAUGUACAGGUGCCGGUGCCAGAGCUGGUGCUCUCUAUUUAAAAGGCUGUUGAUGUAGC